AUGAGCUCUCCUGCUCCUGCAUCCGACGGUGAUGCCCCCUUGAUCCCAGAGACGCCGCUCACGAGUCACACGAACUCGACACAAGAUACUCCGGAUCCGAACAACCCACAUAAGGCAAACACUACGAAGUAUUUCGCCUUUUAUCCCCUCUUGGAUCCUGGAAUGUUCGAGGCGUUUGACGGAGCAGCGAUAUUUGGCACCACCGCAUUGAACAAGCAUCGCAUCUCCGAUAACCUUGCGAGUAAGAUCAUCAUCUGGGCGACAAUCCACAAGAAGCCGAAGUACGGUUUUAUGGCGCGCAACUACUUUGUUACAUCCGGCAACAACGUCCGAAAGCGCGGGAAAGUGAUCGGCUUUGGAUCCCCCUUCAUCUAUGAGGGAAAGUUCAAGGUUGGGAUCGCAGCGGGCGACGCAUGGAGUAUUAUCGAGCUCUGUGAGAAGCAGGAAUUCGUCGAUUGGUUCCAUCGGAUAUGCGACGGCAGAUUCGCUAUGUUUACGCCGGAUAUCCUGAAGAAAUACCCCGCGAUUCUGAAGACGUCUCUCGGAUCUGUAGUGCCUACUGCAAAUCCAUUUUUGGCGGAGGCGGCGCUCGUGAAGAAAGCGCUCGCUGGCCCAACCCCUCUCGGCGACCAUACGCCACCCCCUCAGGCCCCUCUGCCGCCGUCUGAUCAGACUCCCACGCCCGCGCCUCUCCCAGCACCCCACGAUCGCACGCCUCUCAUCCGAGCAGGACUCCCUGCAAACGACAAUGGCCUCGCCGGCUCCCCGCCGCAUACUACCAAGACCCAGAUGGUCCGACCACGGCCAGUGAACCCGGCGCACCAGAGCGCCCCUGCGAAGCUCGCAUCAGCUACGAUACCAGGGCUUCAUUUGCUCAGCCGCCCGCCGCCCGUGUUUGAUCCAGCCGGUAUUUGCGCCCCAUUCUCUCUUCCCUUCCGCCACCCCAUGCGAUACGACAAUCCUGAGGAGUUCGAUUCCGAGUUCUCCCACGUCGAGUAUGAACGCACGCCCUCCCCGUUCAUAAAGGGUGAAGACUAUGAUCCGCUUCUUUUUGGGGCGCCUGCGUGGAAAGCGCCACAGACGGAUAGCUCGGAGGAGUACGAGCCAAAACUCGAAUAUGAUUCAGAGUACGAUCCGGAGUUCAUGGAGCAGGUGCAGCAGCAGCCGGUGCAGGAGCCGGCGCAGCAGCAGGAUCCGGCGCAGCAGCAGCAGCCGGUGCAGGGGCCAACGCAGGAGCUAGCGCAGCAGCAGGAGCCUGCGCAGGAACACCAGCAGGAGUCGGAGCAGGAUCAGAGGCGGAAGGCUAAGGAGCAGGACGACAAACUUCGGUCGUUCGGCACCAUGAGAGCGGGAUGCCCUAAGAACCCUACCUACGAGUAUCAUUCAAUCUCUACGACACUCUUUGAUCCCUCGAAGACCUAUACUGAGACUCCCCCCUUUGUUAAUAACACGAACUUCAAAGGACCUAACUUGGAUUUCCCUCUCCCACCCCCAUCCGACACCGACUCGACCCCGCGUCCACGCGAUCCCUCUCCUAUGAAGGGAGUCCGCACUACCAUAACGGCGUCGGAUGGCACAGUAUCGUCUGUGUAUGGUGAGGACGAGGAUGAGGAGACCGGCAAGGCUUCGGAGAUUAGCUACGACGGUGAUCUAGAGAUCGGCCCCGAGGAUGCAGAGAUAAGCUUUGAGGAUGAGAAGGAGAUCCACCCUGACGAGGCCGUUGAUAACCACAUCCUAAGCAGCAAUGACUCGGAUUAUAGGAUUCCAUUUGGGGGGGGUAAGCAGAGUGGUAUCGGACGCGAGCUAGGUGGUGGGUGAUGAAGCCGUGAGACGUGAAUAGAGGGGUGGGUUUUAUCUAUCUAGAUUUACUUGCUUCUAAAAUUAGAG